AUGUUGCUCAGAGUCUUAUUACUCCUGAUAGGCCUUGCCGCCGUCGCCUCCAGGUCGAGUCCGGACAUUUCUCCUGGCUUCGACUUUGGCGCAGCAGCCCGCUCCAUCUCUGCCGAGCUGAGCUCGCCCAGCUUUGCCCCCUACUCGCGGCCAGCCCAGCGGGUCGAAGAGUUCAUUGCCGUCGGUGACUCCUAUACGGCCGGCACCGGAUGCAACGGCAACAACGAAAUCUUGGCCGGGGACGCCGUCCGGGGUAAGCGAUCCUACCCGAUGCAAAUGUCCACCGACAAGGACAGUUGGGCCUUUAUCAACGGCGACGAGGCGCUCCCGCGCUUCAGCUUCCCGGCCUACACUGGUGAUACCUCAGUCCAGCUCGUCAGCGAGCAGCUGAAGCAGGGGGAUUACAAGGAGAAUAACCAGGAACUGCCCCGUGGCCAGCCUUUUGGGAAGCCCCAGGUUGCCUUCGUCACCAUUGGAGGCAACGAUGCCAUGCUGUCCGACAUCUUGAACGCUUGCAUCUACCGAGGCUGGUUUCCAAAGGACUGUCAAACCACGCUGGGGGCCCUCCAAAAGGACAUUGACGACGGCUCUCUUCGCGACAAGAUCAACUACGCCUUGUACGAGGUGGCCCACGCGGGACGACAGGCCGGAGGCGCCAACCCGCGAGAGGGCUUCCAAGUCUACGUCCUGAGCUACGUCACCUUUUUCAACGACGUCAACCCGGAAUGCGACGAGAUAUCGUGGAACUACUGGUCCUGGAGCGAACCCAAGCUCACCACGCAGCUCCGACGGCAGCUUAAUGGCCUGACCACAAAGGUCAACGAACUCAUCAAGGCCGCCGCCAAGGAGCUGGAGCCAAUGGGCGUCAUCUUUGUUGACGGCCUCGAGGACGCGUACAAAGGCCAUCGUUACUGCGAGCCGGGCCACACUAACCAGGAAAUGGUCGACUACGACACGUGGUUCUGGUCCUCGUAUGCCCACGUCAACACGCCCUCGGAAGGCCCUGGCGACCCUCACAAUGCUUACUCGUCCGGCAACGCGAGCCCCGCCCAGCAGCUCCUCGACUUUGUCUUCCCCGGCAAAAAUCACAGCACCGCCCAGGCAUUGGAGUCGUCGCCCCCGUGGGAAUGGGAGGGCGCCAGCAAGUUCCCGAGCUUGCAAGACCUGCAGCUCGCGGUCCGCAAGGCUCAAGAAGACCCCGUGACUGCCAUGGGCGCGCCCUUCAACUUAUUACGGUCAUUUCAUCCCAAGGGCACGGCCUAUGCUGAGCACAAGACGCUCCUCUUUGCCGCCAUGGCCAACAACAGAGACUUUGUCACAAGUGGCCAUGGCGGUGCCAACUACACCCAACGGUGCAAAGAUUGGGAAAUCAAGGAAGAUCGCCUCCUCGUCGGUACCUGCAAGGACAAGGCCGGCAACGAGAAGAGGACCCAGGAGGCUUUGGAUCUUUGUCUGCGUUACGAUAACGGAGCCUUGAUUCCCGCGGACAAGGGACAAUUCCAAAAGGAUUGUCAUGGCUGCUUCUUCAACCCCGAGGGCUCGGGCGAUCACUCUAAGCUAUGGUGCGUCUGCAGGAACGACAAGGAUCCGUUUGCCAAGGACGCAUCCAUCAAGCUGGAUGACUUGAUGACGGUUCAGGACGAUGGAUAUGUCAAGUGUUUGGGUCACAUUAGCGCCCCGGCGCGACGUUAG